GCCCGUUCAGUUCCUAGCUUUCGCGUGUUCGGCAUGUCGAGCUUGCGUUUUUCCAUUCAGGAACAAGUACUGGGAAGUACCGCGUAGAUAGGGCCUUCGAUAUAGGCCCGCCAUUACCCUCCACCAGGCUUCAUGAAGUGAACGUCCCUCUGGCACCAUGAGCGAAGAGGAUCUCUGGAUUCGCGACCUGGUGACGACGUAUGGAGCGGUCUUGGUAUUCGUCUCCUCCGUGAUCUUUUAUUUCUCUUGGAGAUGGCCAAAACUGCGAGGGGCCAUUCUCCGAGCCCAUCUCCAGGGCUUCGAGACGGAGUGCGCGGAGCUGAUGACCCCGUACAAGAAGCAGCUCUUCAAGGACCUCGACGAGAUCACCUCCAAGGACGAAAUCCUGCGCUCUCUGGGCCGCAUUCGGAUCCUUGAGAUUGGCGUUAAAAUGGGCGACAACAUCCGGUACUACCCUAACGAGGCCCACCUGAUAUGCGUCGACUGGAAUCGCAAGCUGAGUGAAUACCUCGUCAGUGAUAAGAAAUCCUGGCAGUUCGGCAAAGUCGUCCUCGAGCGUCUGAUAAUCGGCGAUGGUACUUCCCUGAAAGACGUCACUUCCGGCUGCGUCGACGUAGUCGUCACCUGCAGGUCUCUUUGCUCGACGAGCUCCUUGCCGCAGACCCUGCGAGAAAUUCGGCGCAUCCUGGCCAGGGGGGGCAAGUACUACUUCUUGGAACACGUUCCGGACAAUAAGGACGCGAUCGUGAGGUGGCUCCAGACGAUCCUCUCGAAAACCCGCAUUUGGCCUUUCUUAUUCGGAGACUGUCGCCUCGACGUAAAUCCAAUCGACGCGAUCGAGAAAUCGGGAUUUAAGGACGUAACAUGGAAGCGUAUAGUUUUGGAUGGAUGCGUGUCCCAUAACGUGCACUUCGCUCUUUCGCGCCACCACGUUAUCGGGACGGCUGUUAGAUAAAACGAGAACAUCGGAAAUCUUAACGCGUUAAGGAUUUAUUUCACCAGAAAAGAAAUAUUAAUCCUAAGAUCAUAAUUUAUUGGACGAGAAAAUAUCUAUACAAUACUUUCAGUGGUCCAAUAGAGAUAUAAAAAUAGUAGUAGUAGUUUCUAAUCCUACUAGUUAUUUAUUCCUGAUUAAAGUUAUUCGCGUAUAGCAUAAAGAAAAGAAAAACGUGUAAAGUAACAGUACUGGUCUCCAUGCAAUUUCAAUGGGUGUUUAAUACCCAAAGACAAAACUUAAAUGUAAUUAAAUGACAGCCGAUCACUCAAGCGGGAUUAAUAAAGGCCAAUUUUCCAAACACUCUUCGCGUAAUAUUACUAUUCAUUCGUCAGUUAUCGAAUUCGCGAACUUUUCAAAGAGAUCAUCUGGAAUCUGACUAUAUCUGGAAGGGUCAAUAAUCCGCUGUAUUUCACGUAAACACGUUAUUUACAAAAUAUUUGGAAUAUAUUUUACACCUAUGUACAACAGACACAAUGAAUGCGAGUGCUGAUUGCAAUGUCAAAAAGGAUUCUCCUAAAGAUCUAUGCUCGCAUCACUACACUUCAUUAAUCUUAAGAGUAAAAGUCAUUCAGGAUGUAAUAGUAGUUCCCUUUACAAAAACCAUAAUUGAAAGGUAAUCUUCGAAAAUAAUAAUUAAAAAAAAAUUGAACAAUACUCAAACCUAAUUUAUCGUUGAAUAUAUCGCGUAUGAUGGGCAGUAUUCUGAUCAAAUCUUUGCCAGGAAAACCGUGGAAGAUCAUUUCUAAUUCUAUACUUAAAUGUACCGAACUACCUGAUCAAAGCGAUAUUUGUUGAUAAACAAAAUAGAUAAGAGUGUUGGAAAAUUACCUUUCAGUCUUGGAUCUUGACAAACUGACAGUCAAUUACUAGCCUCAUGCCACAUCUACUUUUUAAGUGCUUAUUGAAUUUCCUUAUGUUUCAUCGUCAUUCUCUAAAGCUACAAAUGUAUUAUUGGAAAUACUAUUAAUCGUGUAGUCACACGUGUGCAUACAGAAAUUAGUAAUCAGCAUAACUCAG